AUGAAGGGCAAUGCUCUCAAAAGUCCCAUGAAUGCUUCACAUAUGAACGCGAAAAGACAAAAUCGGGUUUACCGUUACUCUGGAAACGAACUUCCACCCUUGCUGCUCUACAAUGGGCUAACAUUGGAGUUACGUAUCCGAGGCGACUUAAAACAACGUUAUCCUUCUCAACCAGAUACAGUUGUCUCCGCUGUCUUACAGGCCAACUCACAGCGUAGUUCUAGUCCGACUACCAACUCCUCAGUGGCCGGCGUGUCGUCGGUCGAUUCCUUUUCCGCCUUACCCUCAAGUUCCCUUUUAACCCGUCAUACCAGCGUUGACCAACAGCAUGAAAGUCAAGCUGCCGAAGCUAGCACCCGAAGUCAGCAGUAUCAACAACACAUUUCGCUGUUAUCAAAGCCAGUGCGGAUUCAACACCACGAAAUGCUGACAGAGACAAUUUGUCAGAUCGAGCUAGAGCCAAUCAAGCCAAGCGGAGAGUCUUAUGCUAUGAUCAGAACUGAAGCAAAGUGA